GUGGAGGUCUGUGUGUCCAACCUGACAGUCUGCAGAGCUCAAACCAGUCCACCUUCAGUCCACUGAAGAAGAGCAGGAGUUUCUCAGGACGUCAGAGUCAUGGCUGUGGUGAGGUUCUACAGUAAUGAGGCUGUGAAGGGGCGGAGCUUACAGCAGGCCGCCAAGCUCUGCCCUGAGCUGUCAAUCACAACUGAGCUGUGCUACAAUGUGGAGCUGACAGGCUGUGAGAGUCUGAGUGCUGAACAGAAGGAGGUUCUCCUCUGGUUGUUUCGUCCACCCCUGCAGGCAGAGCCGCUAUCAGAGAAGCCAAACCUCAUAGAGGCUAGUGGGGAGAAACUGGUGGAGAUUGGCCCCAGGUUGAACUUCUCCACUGCUUGGUCCACUAAUGCCGUGUCCAUUUGCCAGAGUGCCGGCCUCACUAACGUCACCCGAGUUGAGCUGUCUCGCAGAUUUCUAAUCAAGCCCAAGAAUGAAGGGACUGUGAACAAGCUCAAUGGAGAUACAAAGAAGCUCAUUGAGUGUCUGUAUGACAGUAUGACAGAGUGCAUCUACCAACAUCCCAUCACCUCCUUCGCUGUGGAAACCAAACCGCAGCCGGUGUUUGAAGUGGACAUCCUGGGGAAAGGUUGCGCGGCCUUGGAGACCACAAAUGAUGAUCUGGGUCUGGCCUUUGACUCUUGGGAUCUGGACUACUACACAUCGAUGUUCCAGAGGAUUGAAAGGAACCCCACCAGUGUGGAGUGUUUUGACCUGGCCCAGUCCAACAGUGAGCACAGUCGUCACUGGUUCUUCCGGGGGCGGAUGGUGAUCGACGGGCAGGAGCAGGAGGAGACUCUUUUCAGCCUCAUAAUGGACACCCAGAGGCACAGCAACCAGAACAACGUCAUCAAGUUCUGUGACAACAGCAGUGGUAUCAAAGGAAUGGAGCUGGAGUGUGUUUACCCAAGAGAUGCAUCCCAGGCCAGUCCAUAUGAGACACGCCACUCGCUGCGACACGUCAUCUUCACUGCAGAGACACACAACUUUCCAACUGGUGUUGCUCCGUUCAGUGGCGCCACCACAGGGACAGGUGGUCGCAUCAGAGAUGUGCAGAGUGCUGGACGAGGGGGCCACGUCAUUGCCGGCACUGCAGGAUACUGCUUUGGCAAUCUGCACAUACCAGGUUAUGUUCUCCCGUGGGAGUGUGAAGGAGAGGGCUGGGAGUAUCCUUCCAGCUUCGCCCCUCCACUGCAGGUGGCCAUCGAGGCUAGCAAUGGUGCCUCAGAUUACGGCAACAAGUUUGGAGAACCUGUCCUGUCGGGUUUUGCUCGUUCCUUCGGCAUGCGGCUAGCAAACGGAGAGCGGCGAGAAUGGAUCAAGCCGAUCAUGUUCAGUGGCGGUCUCGGGUCUAUUGAAGACACACAUGUAAAGAAAGGCCAGCCAGAGACCGGAAUGGAAGUGGUGAAGAUCGGAGGGCCAGUGUACAGAAUUGGUGUGGGAGGAGGAGCGGCCUCCUCUGUACAGGUCCAGGGGGACAACUCCAGCGACAGGGAUCUGGGUGCGGUGCAGAGAGGAGAUGCUGAGAUGGAGCAGAAAAUGAAUCGUGCUCUGAGGGCAUGCCUGGAAAGAAGUGGUGGGAACCCAAUCUGCAGUAUACAUGAUCAGGGAGCUGGAGGAAACGGUAAUGUUCUGAAGGAGCUCAGCGAGCCAGCAGGAGCAGUAAUAUACUGCAGCAGGUUCAAGAAAGGUGACCCUACAUUGAGCGUGCUGGAGCUGUGGGGGGCAGAGUAUCAGGAGAGUAACGCUCUGUUGCUCCAACCAUCAGAUAGGUCUUUCCUGGAGAAAGUGUGUCAGAGGGAAAAGUGUCCCGUUGACUUUGUGGGAAACAUCACAGGAGACGGCAAGAUUGUGCUGGUGGAUGAUGAGGGAGACAAUAGUGUUCAAGCCACCAAGGGUCGCUGUCCUGUGGACCUGCAGCUAGAGUGGGUUCUGGGGAAGAUGCCACAGAAGGAGUUUAAGAUGGAGCGACUGACCCUGACCCAUCAGUCACUGGCUCUUCCUGCUGGGCUGACAGUUAAAGAGGCCCUGGACAGAGUUUUACGUUUGCCUGCUGUGGCGUCUAAACGCUAUCUGACCAACAAGGUGGAUCGGUCUGUGACUGGCUUGGUAGCCCAGCAACAGUGCGUCGGCCCUCUUCACACCCCAUUGGCAGACGUGGCUGUUGUUGCUUUGUCACCAUUCAGCUUAGAAGGGGCAGCGACGGCUAUCGGAGAGCAGCCAAUUAAAGGCCUGGUUUGUCCUGCAGCAGGGGCUCGCAUGGCUGUGGGAGAAGCUCUGACCAACCUAGUGUUUGCCAGAGUCACAGCUCUGAAGGAUGUGAAGUGUAGUGGUAACUGGAUGUGGGCUGCCAAGCUGCCAGGUGAGGGAGCAAGUCUGUGGGAGGCCUGCAAAGCCAUGUGUAAGGUCAUGGGUCAGCUGGGAGUGGCCAUCGAUGGGGGCAAGGACUCACUAAGUAUGGCCGCUAGAGUGGGGAAAGAGACUGUCAAAGCUCCAGGUGCGCUGGUUAUUUCUGCAUAUGCUGCUUGCCCUGACAUCACUGCCACGGUAACACCUGACCUCGAGGAUCCAGACGGCAAAGGCGUGUUGUUGUGGGUUCCUCUGAGUCCAGGCCGUCAUCGCCUUGGAGGCUCAGCUCUGGCUCAGUGCUACAGUCAGCUAGGAGACUGUUCUCCUGACCUGGACGAGCCGCAACUGUUGUCUGCCUGCUUCAACACCACACAGACACUCAUACACGAUCAUCUGCUGAGUGCAGGACAUGACAUCAGUGAUGGAGGUCUCAUUUCCUGUCUGCUGGAGAUGGCAUUCGCAGGAAACCGUGGGAUUGAUAUUGACUUGUCAUCUCAAGGAGCUGGAGUCAUAGAGCUGUUGUUCAGCGAGGAGCUGGGUUUGGUUCUGGAGGUAUCCGAGUCUGAUGUAGAAAAAGUGUGUCAGAAAUACAGCGACUCAAGCGUGCCGUGCCAUCGCAUCGGCAGAACAUGCGGCUUCGGACCAGAGGCUAUGGUCAGUGUUCGAGUGGAUGGACAGGAAGUACUGAGAGAACUGCUGCCUAAACUCAGAGCAUUAUGGGAGGACACCAGUUUUCAGCUGGAACGCCUGCAGACCAAUGAGCUCUGUGUUAAACAGGAAGAGGAAGGGUUAGCCAGGAGGACACAGCCUUACUUCAAACUAACCUUUGACCCCUCUGACAUGCCCAGCACCAGACAUCCCACUGCAGGGCAGCCUCGUGUUGCUGUGGUCAGAGAGGAGGGCAGUAACGGAGACCGAGAGAUGUCUGUGUCUCUCUUUAUGGCGGGCUUUGAGGUGUGGGAUGUCACGAUGCAAGACCUGUGCUCCGGCUCUUUAACCCUAGAAUCUUUCAAAGCAGUCGUGUUUGUUGGAGGAUUUAGCUACGCAGACGUGCUAGGAUCAGCUAAAGGUUGGGCUGCUACUGUUGCUUAUAACCCCAAGGCCAAAGCUGAAUUUGAACGCUUCCGGCAGCGGGACGACACACUGAGUUUGGGUGUGUGCAACGGCUGCCAGCUGCUCGCCCUGCUGGGCUGGGUGGGAGAGGGCCAGGAUGGAGCAGCGUCUGAAGUGGUGCUGACCCACAAUAAGUCUAGCAGGUUUGAGUCACGAUUUGUCAGCGUUGGGAUCCAGGCGUCCCCAUCUGUCUGGCUCCGAGGCAUGGAGGGCUCAGCUCUUGGAGUCUGGGUUGCACAUGGAGAAGGUCUGAUGCAAUUCCGUAGCUCGCAGGCCCAGGACCAGAUUAUUUCUGGUGGGCUUGCCCCGGUCCGUUACCUUGACGAUCAGGGUCAUCCCACUGAAGAGUACCCUCUGAACCCUAACGGCUCCCCGCAGGGCAUAGCAGGGCUGUGCUCCAGGGAUGGCAGACACCUCGCCAUGAUGCCCCACCCAGAGCGCUGCACCCUGGGCUGGCAGUGGCCCUGGGCCCCGAGGGACUUCAGACCUUCUCUCACCCCUUCACCCUGGCUCCACAUGUUCAAGAAUGCAGCUGCCUGGUGCAGCAACACAAACUGACAAUACUGUUUACAUGUUUCUGGUGCUGUCAAACAAGUAUCACUGUCUUUGUUGUGGAUAAAUCAGAACAUUCCAUUAUCCUCUAAUACACCUUUUUACUUACUGUGGUACUUGUUCUUGGUCUUUUUGCAUUAAUACUGUUACUGCUUGCUGUACUUUAUAUCUUUGAGACUUGAAUUCACUUAAUAUACAUUCCAUUGGUCAUCUGGUAAUCACUGUUUAUUUUACAACACUAUUAUGCACCAGUCAGGUCUGUUUAAACCAGUGUUGCCUUCAAGAUAACAACCUGAUUAGUUCUGUGUAUCGCUUUUUGAAUAUGAUGUUUGAGCUCCACUGAAAAAUUGGUAACUGAACUUGAUAAUAAAUGAAAUACA